AUGCCGGUUUUUUGCUGCAGAUAUACAUCGAACUUGGGUGAAGGCAGUCUUGUGUCGAAAGACAGGCCAACUGCUUUGAUUGAGAUUGAAGAGUAUUUGGCAGAUUGCCAAAAAAGAACAGUGGAUACGAAAUCAGCAGUAUUUAAGGGAACAUUGUAUGAGUUGCAGACUAAAUACAUUUUGGAAAAGUUUCUACAUAUGUGCAAGAUUGUUAGAACCGGGGGAUCGUAUGAUGGAGGAGUUGAUUUGAAAGGGUAUUGGGAUUUAAGUGAAUAUAAAAUAAAAAAGAUAGAGGAUAGUCAAGUACGAAGACUAAAUGUUAAGGCGUUAAAAGGUACUCUGAAGAUAUAUUCAUUGGUAACGAGAGAAGAAAAUAAUCAAGAAUAUUCAAUGAAGAAAACCCCGGCAUAUGUUCAAUGUAAAAAUACAGAUAAGAAACUUGCAGCCAAAUUAUUCCUUGAAUUGGUUGGGGUAUUUAAUAGUAUUGUUCCAGUUAAUAAGAGAGGGUGUUCAUUUUUUUUUGUUGUUUCACCUACAUCAUUAACAUAUAAUGCCUCGAAAGUGGUGUCUACAAUAAAAGUACCAUUUGUCUUUUUAACUAUAUCCCGAAUAAAAUUCAGGGGCAUCAGAAAUGGAAAAAGAGAGUAUGCAUAUGAAAAUUAUUAUGGUGGAAAUUUAUUAAAGUAUUAUAGAAAUGAUAAGGCUAAAUGUUUGUUGUUAAAUUUAAAUGAUUUUUUCUCAAUUAAUAGUUUAAUCGAGGGAUAUUUUGAAAAAAGGGAAAGACUAAAUAAAGAAGCUAGAAAAAGCAGUAAAAGUUCAAAUGAACAACUAAGUAAGAAAGUAGCCAAAUCAAAGACUGGAUUGAAAAAUGAAAAUACUAAUACCACUGAUAAUAACAUUGAUAAUAACAUUGAUAAUAACAUUGAUAAUAACAUUGAUAAUAAAAUUGAUAAUAAUACUGAUAUUGAUAUUGAUAGUGUGAAACCAAAGUCAGUGUUAAUUUGA